AUGGGCUCCAUUUUCAACUAUAACGGGGGGUGCGUCCUUGGCAUGAGCGGCGCGCAGUGCGUAGCCAUCGCGUGUGACCUGAGGCUCGGCUCAAACAACUUUACGACCAUCAGCACCAAUUUCACAAAGGUGUUUAAAAUUAACGAAUAUGUGUAUGUGGGCCUCAGCGGACUCGCAACAGAUAUUCAAACAUUGUAUGAGUUGCUCAGGUACCGAGUGAACCUGUACGAAAUAAGACAAGAGACCCUAAUGGACAUAGAUUGCUUUGCAAAUAUGUUAUCGAGCAUUUUGUAUUCUAAUCGAUUCUCUCCCUACUUCGUGAAUCCUAUUGUGGUUGGCUUUCGAGUUAAACAUACCUAUGAUGAUGAGGGGAAAAAAAUAUGUACGUAUGAACCCUACCUCACUGCGUACGACUUGAUUGGUGCCAAGUGCGAGACUAAAGAUUUUGUUGUGAACGGAGUCACCAGCGAACAACUCUAUGGAAUGUGUGAAUCGCUCUACAUAAAGGAUCAGGAUAAAGACGGCCUCUUCGAAACCAUCUCUCAAUGUCUACUGAGCGCCUUGGACAGGGACUGCCUUUCCGGAUGGGGAGCCGAAGUUUACGUUCUGUAUAACGCCCGAUACGAUCAUGAAGAAGAAACUGAAAGCAAGAAUGGACUGAAGCGCCACUUUUUUUUUUUACGCCCCGCAAAAAUCAGCUUGGCCUACUCCGUCAGUUUGAAUGUAGCCAAAAGGAGUUCCUUCAUAAGCAGCAGCAUUGAAAAUGGCCUCAAGUUCACCGCUCGCGCUGGGGGAAGAAGCAAAAGCGACAGGAGGAAAAUAAGUGCUUCACAGGGAAACGUAAUUUACAAGCAAAUAAAAGAGAGAGGCAUUCCCUUCAAGUUUUAUAACAUCGGGGAUUCCUUCUAUGGAAGGAUACUCAGCAUAAGUAAAAAAAAUAUAAAGCUGGACAUUUUGUGUGACAGGAAGGCAUACUUAAAUACAUCCGAGUAUUUCCGUUCACCCAUUUUACACAAAUAUGUUUUCGCGUUGCUAAAGGUACACAACAUCAUUCGAGUGAAAAUUAAAUACAUUCAAAGUAUUCAUCAGAAGAUUGCAGUGCAGAUACAAAAGUACACCUACGAGGAAAUUUUAUCGUCCUUUAAUAAUGGGCGAAGUUUAAUCAACGCGAAGAUUUUGGAUGUCCACGACGACCACGUGUUGCUUUACUUGGCACCUCAAAUUCAUGCAAAGUUGCUGCUGCGCGUGGGGGAGCGUGCGGACGACUACAGGGCAGGAAACGACGUCCUUGUGCGGAUUGACCACUUCGAUGAGCGGCGCGGGGAGUUGUAUGUACGCGUUCCAUAG